AUGUCAUUCAAUCCGUCCGCCGCGCUAGCAUGUUCAUCUCUUCCUGUACCAAGCCUCUUUGGAGCCGAGAUCCUAUUUUUCCAGGCUAACCAAGUCACUAAUUACACUCGCACCAUCUCGAUGGGUCUAUAUAUGAAUCAUGGAGCUGUCGACAUUCAAGCAGCCAGCUUUUGCAACGUCUCUAUAGCUUACACUCAUCCCGGUCUUAAUGAUACAGUCAAUGCUGGCCUCAACUACGUAGCUUUGGCGGGUAUGCCAGCAGCAAUGGGUGAGGACUACGUAUCUUUGUCUACCGAUGCUGGCCUGGGAACUAGUGAUAGCGCGACUUGGGGCCUUUUGAGUCCGGGAAACCCAAAUCGUAAUCUUCUGCAAAACCAUGCCUCAACAUCUCUUAACGACCUUGCAAUCAUUGGGAAGGAUAUCACUAACAAAUACUAUGGUACACCACCAGUCUACUCGUACUGGACCGGCUGCUCUCAAGGUGGCCGUCAAGGUAUGAUGCUUGCUCAGAGGUUUCCUGAGGCUUUUGACGGAAUCGCAGCUUCUUCGCCGGCCAUUAAUUGGAGUGGAAUAUUUGUGGGAGAUCUUUGGGCUCAUGUCAUAAUGAAUACCAUAAACAUCUACCCGCACACGUGCGAGAUGCAAGCAAUUACUGCAGCAGCUAUUAAGGCUUGUGAUGCUAAUGAUGGCCUUGUUGAUGGAAUUAUUGCAGAUCCUGAUUCCUGCAAUUUUGAUCCUACAUCUCUAGCUAUGUGGGAUGGUCCUAGAAAGUCAGAUAACAGUUCUCUUUUUUUUGGUCAAAAGAUAGGCACUGUUUUAUCAAGUGACGACUUAUCUGCCGGAGGAUCACUUGCUCUUACCACAUGUUCAAGCAACGGAACUUUGUACAGCAGAUCCACUAUCUCUUCUACUCCCGUGGAUAGCGAAGAAUUUGAUCAGCUUUACCAUUCUUCCGUCAACGAGUGGUCUUCUAUUAUAGGCACCAACGACCCGGAUCUUUCACAAUUUCGUGCCCGUAGAGGAAAACUUCUCACUUACCAUGGACUGGCUGAUGGUAUUAUCCCUCCUAACUCAACCACGAGCUAUUACGAUUCCGUUACCGCGCUCAACCCAAACGUACACAAUUUCUAUAGAGUGUUCAUGGCUCCAGGUGUCGCUCACUGCCUUGGCGGACCUGGUGCUUUCCCAGCUGAUACUUUCGAUACCAUGCGUGCUUGGGUUGAGAACGGUACUGUUCCAGAUAUCAUGGAUUCUACCUUUUUUUCAAACACGGCUAUUAAGCGUACUAUCUGUCCAUAUUCGCUUAAGCAAACUUACGAUGGUGUUGGAAAUGCUACUGCGAACGAGGGAUUCUCAUGCCAGUAA